UUGACACGGCGAGUAAAACGACAUAAAAACGAGAAAACAGCGAAUAACAGUUCAUCCAACAUCGAUCCGAAUGAACCUCGGGCAAUCCAACGCGUAACCAGGACUGCACGUGACACCAGGGGACUUUUCUUUAACUUACCAAGGCGGUAUCCUAACAUCAUCCUGCUAGCUAUGAUUGAUUGAGAUUGUAUUUAGUCUCUGCGACAACGAAAGCUACUUUACUGAAAAGAAGCUUUGUGCUUUUUCUACAUAUUUCUUUUUUUUAAACGUCUAUAGUAUAUCCGUGGUUUCAUAGCCGACGCCGUGGAGUGGUUUUGGAAAUUGACCCCAGACCACAAGUCGAGGCAGCUGGGAGGUCAAAAUAGAACUACUACUACUUCUAGUAUGUCUCAACCGUCAUCGACGUCGGCUCCAGUCCUAAGCCCCCAGUUUUGCUUCAACGAGACGGUUUUGAGAGACUUUUUGCGUAUAUCUAGAUCUACGAUAGAUGAUUCCAUUACCCAGAACCUCAAUGCCUUGCUCAACCCAGCCAGCAAGGGGUUCGACCCUUCCUCAACCGCUGUCCGCCAAACGAAGUCCAGAGGCGGGGUUUCGAUAGACCCCGCUGCAUGCCGUCAAUUCAAAGAUAAUGUGUUAUUUCCAUCUUGGCAAACAAGGUCAGAUGUACUUAAUUACUGCGCCGGCGUGGCCACUAGCCCGGAUCCUGAUGACCCCGAUCACGUCCUUCGAGAAACCGAAUCGGCAAGAGACCGAGAGCGUGUUGUGGAUGAGCGUUUAGACCCGUACUCGGCUCGAUUCUUCCCUCGAGAAGCACGAACAGAGUCUCUAGCAAACCUGAUCCGGAACCAACGGACUGUGGAAGAGAUAGUGCGUGCCCGCACAUGGGGCAUGGUGAUAGAGAGAUGCGGCGACUCAUCUACAAACUGGGAGGAUGCACUUAAUGGCUGGCGUGAGAGGCAACGGCGAUAACCAUGAUCUUCCACAGAUAACUGGCAACUAAGACUUGGGAUUCUUAUAUUCGAACCUUUCACCAGCCUACAACUAACUGCGGCUCCGUUCGCACCUCUCCGUAUGUUCUCGGGAGUGGCGUAUUUAUUUAUGUCUGAAGCCAGUCCUGCAUUCAAUUGAACAUAGACAUUUGUACAAUAGCAUGCAUAGCGUUAUUAGUCGAGUAUGUAUUUUAAAAAUGCAAUUUGCGUG